AUGGUUUUUCAAGCUGGAAGCAGAGGCGGUCGUGGUGUAUAUGCUAUUUCAAUAGGCUCUAGAGGUGGCAGAGGCGGUGCCAGAGGUGGAUUCGGCGGAGGCCGUGGUGGAGCCAGAGGUGGCUCGAGAGGUGGUUUUGGCGGUGGCCGUGGAGGUUCUAGAGGCGGUUUCGGCGGUGGCCGUGGCGGUCCUAGAGGUGGUGCUCGUGGUGGCCCAAGAGGUGGUGCCCGUGGGGGUGCCAGAGGUGGCGCCAGAGGUGGCGCCAAAGUGGUCAUUGAACCCCACAAACACGCUGGUGUUUUCAUCGCCAGAGGCAAAGAGGACCUUUUGGUCACCAAAAACAUCGCUCCAGGUGAAACCGUUUACGGUGAGAAGAGAGUCUCUAUCGAAGAACCUUCCACCGAGGAAGGUGUGCCUCCAACCAAGGUGGAAUACCGUGUGUGGAACCCUUUCAGAUCCAAGUUGGCUGCCGGUAUCAUGGGUGGUCUAGACGAGCUUUUCAUUGCUCCAGGCAAGAAAGUGCUAUACUUGGGUGCCGCUUCCGGUACCUCUGUGUCGCACGUUGCCGAUGUUGUGGGUCCUGAAGGUCUAGUGUACGCCGUUGAAUUCUCCCACAGACCUGGCAGAGAAUUGAUCUCCAUGGCCAAGAAGAGACCCAACGUGAUCCCCAUCAUCGAGGAUGCCAGACACCCCCAGAAAUACAGAAUGCUCAUCGGUAUGGUCGAUGCUGUGUUUGCCGAUGUUGCCCAACCUGAUCAGGCUCGUAUCAUUGCCUUGAACUCCCACAUGUUCCUCAAGGACCAAGGUGGUGUUGUGAUCUCCAUCAAGGCCAACUGUAUCGACUCCACCGUCGAUGCCGAAACCGUUUUCGCCAGAGAAGUGCAGAAGUUGCGUGAAGAACGCAUCAAGCCUUUGGAACAAUUGACCUUGGAACCUUACGAAAGAGACCACUGUAUCGUCAUCGGCAGAUACAUGAGAAGCGGGUUGUAA